AUGAGUCUACCAACCGGAAUGAGUCCAGCCACUGGCAUGCACUACCAAAACAUUGCUGCUCAAAUGCAGGCUUAUGUCAACAACGGCAAUCAUUCAUACCAUUCUCAUCCAAGCUAUCUUCAACCAGCCUUUGGUGGUAUGCACCAAUUUCAGCCAACGCACGGAUUUGCAGAAGCAUCUCGAGCUGCCGCCAACAUGAUUGGCAUUAAUCCAGUUGUAACCAACGAUGUUGGCGCCUUUGCAAGAACAUUCAUGAGAAAUCUAAUUCAUCAAUAA